AUGGCGGCGCCGGCGAGGCGAGCGGUGCUGGCGCUGGCGAGGGGCUGGCGGCUUUCGCCCUGGGCGGCUAACCUGCGUGCUCGCCGCCUGACCCAGGCGGCCGCACCCUCGAGCAGCGCGCCUCCCUGGCGCUUGUUGGGGGCGCUGUGCUUGCAGCGGCCCCCGGUGGUCUCGAAGGCGCUGACCCCUUUGCAGGAAGAGAUGGCGGCUCUGCUGCAGCAGAUUGAGAUAGAGAGAAGCCGGUAUUCAGACCAUGAGCUUCGUGCUUUGGAUGAAGCCCAGCGCCUGGCAAAAAGGAAAGCUGACCUCUAUGAUGAUGAAGAUGAACAGAAUAUAUUGCUGGUACAGGAUUUGGAGGAUAUGUGGGAGCAGAAAUUCCAGCAGUUCAAACCUGGAGCUCGCAUAACAGAAGCUGACAAAAAGAAUGACCGAACCUCACUACACCGGAAGCUAGACAGGAACCUUGUUCUGUUGGUCAAAGAGAAGCUUGGAGACCAGGAUGUUUGGAUGCUGCCCCAGGCAGAGUGGCAGCCUGGGGAGACCCUCCGAGGAACAGCUGAGCGAGCCCUGGCCACGCUCUCAGAAAACAACAUGGAAGCCAAGUUCCUGGGAAAUGCACCUUGUGGCCACUACAAGUUCAAGUUCCCCCAGGCAAUACGGACAGAAAGUAGCCUCGGGGCCAAAGUAUUCUUCUUCAAAGCACUACUGCUAACUGGAGACUUUUCCCAGGCCGAGAAGAAGGGCCAUCAUGUGUGGGUCAGUAAGGAGGAGCUGGGUGACUACUUGAAACCAAAAUACCUGGCCCAGGUUAGGAGGUUUCUGUUGGACCUCUGAUGGACUGGACUUCCUCUGGACAACGCUCGGACAGUCUGCACGUGGGCCCAGGGACGUUCUGUGGUUGCCCCAUCUCUGCAGGGAAUAUCCAGAAGCAUACUGAGUUCUGAGAAAUAAACGAGUUUAU